UCUUGAUUGCCGACAAACAUUAUGCUUAUCUGAGUCAUACUUUCUACAAUAUGCCUAGCAACAAAAGCAUCAAGAGGUCAUUGGCCCUUAUUGAGAAUGACGAGUCCAAGAUCCUGGGCCUGAGUGUUGGGACACAUCGCAAUGUCCAGCCCGGACAAUACAUCCCGAAAGCAGACGCCCAAUCCGCACCGGAACUCAGUUUCAAACUACCCGACCCAACAAGCACAUACAUCAUCGUUAACCUGGACCUUGAUGGACCAUUCCCUUCGCUCAACGCAUUGAGUCCCAUUAUGCAUUGGAUCCAACCUGGUCUUAAGCCGACUGCAACCGAUACAGACAACUACACUCUCGAAGUGACCGCCCCUUUCGUGGUGAACUAUAUCGGUCCAGGUCCCCCGCCAGGUAGUUCUCCGCACCGAUACGUCUUCUUUCUCUACGAGCAGCCGGCGGGGUUCGAUGGCAGCAGGUACGCGCCGCCGCACGGCAAAGACAUGGGUAUUUGGCCGCGUUUGCGGUAUGACCUGGAUAAGUGGGAGGAGGAGACCAAGCUGGGGCCAGUGGUCGCAGUGAACUACUUCACUAGUAACUAGUUGAGAUCUGAUUUACG